GUAUCUCCACUGUGUGAAGACAGUGAUGACAGUGCCAGCCCUCAUCACCCAAACCAUGACAACGGAAUAUCAGUUCGCCAUAUUGUCACUGAGAUCGAAGCCAUAUGCCACCCAGUGUCGUGCCUUCCUCCGUCUCCAUCCUCUACCUCCUCUUCGUCCCUCGCUCUGUCCUCCCACAGCCCUCGGCUCAUUCCCCCGGAACCUCAGGAGGAGGCAGUGUCCUGUGAAUUCCCCCACGCCUCAUCAUCGCCACCCUCCUGCCCGCAGUCUCCCUCCAUGCUCCCAUGCGACUGGCCAGCAGGGUCGGUGCGGCGGGCCACGGAGCAGCUGGAACAGAAGCUGAGGCAGGAAAUGGAGAUCAUAGCGGGAUCUCAGCGAUCGCCGCUGCAUUCUCCCAGUGCCGAACAGCCCCCUGUCAGACUGUCUCUGUGCUCCCCGAGCGCUGACCACCCUCCUCCUUCUCCCCUUCACUCCCCUCAACACUCAGAACAAAGUGAAACUCAGGGAGAGAUCAUGGCUGAAUCUGCAAAGUCCAAAGACUCAGAGACACGAACAGGGUCACAACACGAGCUUCAAAGACUCGACCCCUCAGGCAUGCCCAAACUCCCAGACCCACCCUGCUCCCCUAACUCAGAUAACAGCCAAGUAUCCGGUGCUAUACCUGUCACUGUGCACACAUCCGCAGAUAUGCUGACAUCAUCAAUGGCCUCUACUAGUCCAUUAGUAGAACCAUCUCUAAAUACCUCAUCUCCUUCCCAAGGACAGAGCCAGCUCCACAGCCAAAGCCAGCAGUGUCCGACCCUGCCCCAGGCCUGUUCACAGAAAAUGACUCUGGAUGGGGCAACAGUGCAGGAGUCAGACACUGAUGAAAGGCUGGAGUUUAAUUCCCAGGGCAGCCAAGGGGGCUGUGGCCCCGGCUGUGACGCCCAGAGCAGGCUGGCUCAUGGCAGUCAGGAGCUAGAGAGGAUUCAGCAGACACUGAGUGAGCUGCAGGCCUUCCUCCAUGAGGGCGUCGGCCUUGAGACGAAGGACAGUGAAGCACAGGAGCUGCGACGAACUCAGGUGCAGAGAGACGCUAUGGACACAGAGCCGAGUUCUGAACAGACCUCUCCAGAACUGGAAGAAGGACAGCGGCUCCGAAACGGACUCGAGGGUAAGAUCCUCCUGGAGCGGGCGGGGUGGCACAGGGCCAUGGAGCUGGAGGCUCGCAUCCGCCAGGCGGGCCUCACCCCUCCUUCUCUCAUGAAGAGGUCGGCCUCCUUGGCUAAACUGGACUGUCUGGAGCUGUCAGCCAACGACCUCAGCGACUUAGAUCUGAGGUCACACAUCAGAACGACAUCGACCCAAUCCCAGGACUCUCUCUCCUCGUCCCCAUCUCACCUCGACGAUUCCUGGAAGAAGCAGAAGGUGUUGGCUCGAAACCCUCGUGCCGAAACGACAGGUUGGACCCGCGAUGACUCGUCCUCGCCACGGUCUAUGUCCGUUUCCUCCGAAGAGACGGGUGAGAGGGAGGAGACAGACAGCAUUGGGAGCGGCGCGGUUGCCACAUCACGUCAGCAGGGGCGGGGACACUCAUCGAGGCGUUCUCGCAAAGCAUCUGCUGAGAAAAAGCAGCGAUCCAUCACUGUGCUAUACAAUACUAUGUAACCUCAGUGCAAUGGACUGCAGCAGACAUACUGGAGCCGUGCACACGUGUGAGAGAGGCUGCAAGAUGUGUGUGAAUGAGUAGACUCCGUGUAACCUCCGAUGUAUGAAGUGUGCAAGAACCGAAUGAUGAACAUAAAUGUAUGUUUGCAUGUUAACUACUGGAUGUGCUGUUUCAACUGGACUUCAGGUUUGUGUGUACAGUAAUGAAAUAUGAAUGUCCAAAUUAAGACUCAUUUAGUGCACGCUGAAUGCACUCCACUAUGUCUGUGUCCUUUUUUAAAAAUGAGAUGCGUUUGUUUUCAGUGUGUGACCCUCGCUGCCUCCAAUGAGAGGGCGUUUUUCUCCAGACAUGCACUUUACUGUUUUCAAUGGACUCCUUUUUAUUUGAAAUCUGUUUCUUAGCCCGGGGGCAGGAUUUGUUUGCACUGGUCCCACUAGUGUUUUCUGGUCCAGCGGUGGCCAGACACGUCUUUAUUCAGAUUUUUAAUUGAACCAGGACAAAGCUGAUAUUUGUUUUUUUAUUCAACGCUUUAGCAGUUAAUAAAUAUGUUGAGUUUGUUUUACUAGAGUGACGUUUUUAUUGUGUGCAGGCUUCAUCUCACAAACAUCAUUUUAAUUAUAUCAAACCGUAUUGUUGACUUCACUGCCACCUGCUGGCCCGGCAGAGAAAGAUAAAUAGGGAAUAAAGAAUGUGUGUAAAUGAGUAAAA